AUUUUUUUGUUAACUUAGAAUGAAAUGUUAUGAAAAUAAACCAGCUUCCUAAUCUUAUUAAUUUCUUGACAAACUAGGAGAAGGGUAUGUAUAUGAUUUUGAAAUAAUAAGUUCCUUUGGAUAUAUAUGGAAAGUGAAGCAUAUUUCAACUGGUCAAAUAUAUGCUUGUAAAUUAGUAAAGAAUUCGAUGAAGAAGGAGAAAACCUUAUUAUAAAGAGAAAUAAAGAUUUUGUAUUUAUUAAAGGGAAAGAAAGGUAUAAGAUAGAUUUGAUAAAUAUAGGUUUUCCUUAAUUAAUAACAUCUGGGUAGGAUCAUAAAAAUACUUAUUUUAUAAUGAAUUUGCUAGGAGAUAAUUUAGAAUAAGUGAGAAUAAAGUGUGGAAAAUUCGAUACUACAACAAUAUUGAAUACAGGCUAAUAAAUGAUUUUAUUAUUAAAAGAGCUACAUAACACUAAUAUAAUCCAUAGAGACAUUAAACCAGAAAACUUUGUUGUUCUUAAAGAUAAGCUAUAUUUGAUAGAUUUUGGAUUGUCUAAACUAUUUAUUUAAGAAGGAAAACACUUAGAAUUUAGAGAAAAUAAAGGAAUGAUAGGAACCGCUCGUUAUGCUUCCAUUAAUGCAUUAAAAGGAAAUGAAUAAUCAAGAAGAGAUGAUCUUGAAUCAGUUGGUUAUUUACUUAUAUAUUUAUUUAUGGGUACUCUACCAUGGAAUAAUAUUAUGGCUGAAGACAAAACAAUAAAAUAUUACAAAAUUUAAAGAAUGAAAGAGGCAUUUAAACCAGAAGCCUAUUUCAAUUUACCACCUGAAUUAAGUAAAUAUAUUGAAUAUGUUAAACGUUUAAAAUUUGAUUAAAAACCUGAUUAUGAAUUCUUAGAGAACAUGUUUAAAAGAGGGGAAGAUCUUACUAGAAGUCCGAAACUGUAAAUUUAAUAAACUCAAUUAUAAAUUAAAUCAAAUUUAUUGCAUUUAAAAACUAUUGAUAGAACUUAAUGUUUCACUUCUAGAAAAUCAUCAAAUCAGUAAGAAAAUACAAGUAGAAGAAUAACAUUUGAAGAUUUGAGUUCAGCUGGUGCUGAUAUUAUUGAAGAACUUGAUUAAAACGAAGGCAUUCAAUUAAAAAAUUUAUCAGUUGGAAUUAAAUAACCAUAAACAAUUAAGAGAACAAAUAAAAUAAGAACAGGCUCAGAUUAAAUAUUUGAAAUCGAAAAUAAACUUAAACCCAACUAACUACCAAUUUCCUUAAAACAAUUAGAAUGA